AUGACUUCUGCCUCUCUAGUGAGGAUCUCAGAGCUUCAAGUGUUGAUGAAUUCUGUCAAGGCUGAGGAGGUCCCUCUUGCUCAUCUGCAAAAGGAGAUGAAAGUUGCCGCAGUGCUAACUUCUCAGCAGGCAAAGAUGUCAGUGCCAGAGACUUUAACAGUGAAGAAUGAGUUUGGUGAAGAUGUGGUUGUUGAUGAGUAG